AUGGCGACUCAGACGGAUGUUCCGUCUGACGCAGACGGUCAGAGCCGAGAGCAGGCCGAAGUAUCGACGAGCCAAGAUGUCCAGGGCGAUCCCUGGGGAACGGCCAAUCAGGACCCCUGGGGGGGUGCUUGGACGGCUGCAUGGGACGACGCUUCUGGAAACCGCCCACGAGGAGAUGGGCCCGACGAUCGCGGUCAGGACGGCUCUGGAGCCAAUCAGUGGGAUUGGCCGCAACGCAGUGGCGAAUGGGGCAGCGACUGGAGACAAGACUGGCGUUGGGGUGAGCGCUGGACUGGUGGUCGCUGGGAAGACGACAACGGAAGCUCCACUACGGCGGGUGACGGAUCUUGGCGCAGCGACACCGAUGGAUGGCGCACCUCGGACCACUGGGAGAACAGCUGGACCGCGGAUCGCCGUGAGAGCUGGCAUAACGGCUCUCACCACAGGCAGCCUCGCGGUGAUGACUGGUCAGAACAUCCUCAUGAGCCCGAACGCCGUGGGGCUCCCUCGGAGAAGAUGGCAGUGCCGAGUUUCACGGCCGAUGCUGCUGGCGAUGAGCUGGGCAGCUCCGCGAGGAGCUAUCUUCGACAAGUCGAUGCAUGGUGCAAAGUUACUCGGACUCCACCGGAGCAGAGAGCCUUGAUGCUGUACCAACACCUGAGCGGCAGGGCUUGGGUGGAAUCGGAGGAGCUGAAUGUCGAGACCCUCUGCUGCGCCGAAGGCGUGGAGAACUUCCGGCGCUGGAUUCAGGACCGCUAUCAGGAGGUCGAGGUUAGCAAGAUCGCUGAGGCCCUGACUUUCUUCUUCAAGCGCCUCAGAAGGGCUCCUGGACAGACGGUGAGGGAGUUCAACAGCAGCUUCGACAGAGCUUAUACUCGCCUUCUCGAAAUUGAUUGCCGCCUACCUGGAGUAGCUCGGGCUUGGGCUUAUUUGAAUGCCAUGGGACUAACAUCUUCGGAAGAGUUGGCUCUACUGGCCUCAGUGGGCAAUGACUACGACCCUUGUAAACUUCAAAAGGCGGCGAUCAUGCACGAGAAGAGCCUGAAGGGUCCGUGGCAGUUUCGCCGUGGGACACCAAGUGGCUUUGAGGACAAGCGGAAGAUCUCUAAGAACUACCUCACCGGGGUCCUGGAGGACGAUGAAGAGGACGAGCAGGACGACGCUGACCUCGUGCCGGAAGAGCUGGCCUAUGAACUCCAUGAGGCGUUCGUUGCUCAGGAAGCGGCCAGAGCCAAGUACAAGGACUUCGUGAAGAGCCCGGGUUAUGACGGCGACUUCGGGAAGAACCGGGGCUACGAUGGCGAAGGCCCCGAGCGGGGCACAGAAAGGACAGCUGCUGAGCGCUUGAAACUCGCAAAAUCGAGGAGUUAUUGCGCCGGGUGCAAAAGGAGGGGCCACUGGCACCGGGAUGCGGAAUGUCCUUUAAACCGACCGGCUUCAAACACGAACUCCACGACGGCGACUUCGGGCAAUGUGAACGAGAAGACGAAGGAGGCCUAUGUCACCCACGUUGCCUAUGUCGUCGGCGAGGAGGGUUCGCAUGACAAGCUGCUGGCGAUCACCGACUGCGCCUGCAGUAAGACCGUUGCUGGACAAGGCUGGCUGGAAGCUUACACGCGUUUGGCCAGAGAGGCUGGACUUGAUGUUCCCUUGCACCGCUGUGAUGAGAACUUUCGUUUUGGAGCGAGCAAGGUUUUCCACGCUAGUUUCUUGGCGACGGUACUGCUGAACAUCGGUGGCCACAGCGUCUUAGUCCGCGUCGCCAUCGUCAACGGCGACGUCCCGAUGUUGUUGAGCCGAACGGUGUUGGCAAAGCUCGGCAUGAUCUACAACAUGGCUCAUCACUCCGCGGUUUUCACCUCCAUUGGAGUUGACCGCUAUUACCUGCGCUACACGGACACAAAGCAUCCUGCACUUCCCGUAGAACCCAAGAAGCCGCCGAAUUUCGAGUUCCCGAGCCCCCAAGAGUGGGGCGAUGCCGAGAUCAAGAUCGCCUCCUCGAGUGCUCAGCAAUACACGGCGUUCAUGCUUAGUGACAGUUGUGUUUCUGGGGUCACAGUCACUUCGAGAAUCCUCUUCCCAAAGAAAGUCAAUGCUGUAGUCUACAACAUGCUCACCGCCGACGUCCUGAAUGCAGUGUUGUUUGCUGAUUGGUGGUCUGAAACCAAGGUAUCUAACGAUUUCUGGAUUGAGUCCCCCGAAGCCUUCUACAGGAUCCACGUUGCGAACAAGAAAGAGCUCGUGGAACUCGCCCACGAGUACGGGAUCACAGUCUACAGUGGAUGGACGGUUGGAGAGAUCCGUCACUUGAUCCAGGAACACAAGCGGGCCCACCACCUGGAGAGCGAAGUGCCAAAGGGUCUGGGCAACAUGACGCUGGCAGAGCUACAGACCAAGGCGACGGAGCUGCAGAUCCCGUACAACAAGAGCACAACCAAGGGCUACCUGCAGCUGAAGAUCAGGGAGAACACCCAGGGUGCCGACGAGGAGGUCGUCACGUUCGGAAGGUGCCGCAAUCACCUCUACCGGGAGGUUCCCGAGGACUACUUGGAGUGGGCUCAGAAGGAAGUCGAGGCGAACACGAACGCGUCGAACGAGCUACGUCGACUCGCUACCUGGGCCGGGUCGCGCGGACGGACGGACGAGCAGGAUGGCCUCCUCGAUCGAUCCGGAGGCCGUGGCGGUGAUACCGUACGCUCCAUCAGAGCCGGGAGCGUCGUCAACGUCGAGAUGGUCAGUGGUGAUGGACGCGCAGCAACCCCUCAAGCCGAAGACGAAGGCGACGCCACCGAGGACCCCAGAUCUUAUGACAGGGCACCGGGGCUACAGGGAGGAACGGAAAGGAUGCAACAAGAGAUCCCCCCCGAAGUUCAGGAGGAGCUCGCGGAGCUGACCACGAGGACCAGGACUGCGCGCACGACUUUCAUUCUGGCUAUGUUAGGUGCACACCGUCUAGGCGACGAUCUUCGUGAUAAUCCUGCUGUUCAAGUUCCCUCUUCACAGAACGACCCCGGCGAAAACAAUAUUAGCUUCGGGCCGGACGGCAUUUUGCUGUCUGGGGGAGCAAUGGAUGCUGGAAACGUCUCCGAGACCGAGAUCCACGACAACGUCGCCUACCACGACCUCCCGGAGUACGUGGGAUACAUCGGAGACAGGGCCCAGAACGAGUCCAUCGAGGAGAUGACCAAGCGACUUCGCAAGGAAAAGCAGUUUGAAUAUGUGGAUUGUCAAGAACUCCUACGGCGGCUUACGGCGACCGAAGAUCGGAAAGGACUCUCGGGUCCCCUAUUGGGCGUGAACGGGUUGGCAGCGGAAGGGAUCCGGAAGGCUCUGUGGAAGAAUGCCUUGAAGGUGUACGUCCUCUUCGCGGUGAUGCUCAGUGCGGUGUGUAAUGUCCCGAACGAGAUCUACGGCAACCAAAGGUGGAGCGGGAAGACGGUUAUCCUGGAAGUUGGCGGCGAAGCCAAUACUUGCGCGGCAGCGGAACUUGGAAAAGAUGUGGCCGAGUCCUUUGAGUUACCCAAGUUCGAGGCCGAUGCUGGUUUGCACCGACUACGGGGACUACCUGAUGAGUUCACCCCCCUUGUUUUCUGGAUACGUGGAGAGGACGAGACGCUACACAUCCUCAAGGCCAGGGUUGAUGGCACUACAGAUGAGAAGGCCCAUGGAUGCUUCGUUGCUGAGCACGAGGACAAGCGGGGACCUGGUCAGGAGCUCACAAGUGCGAGAGCGAUUAGCUUUCCAAACGGAGUUCCCGGCCACGUCGAAAGCUCUUUGGCACGACUUCGUCAGAAUCUCGGCCACCCCUCGGUCGGGGACCGAUGCAGGUACUCGAGAUACGCUGGCGCAAAGGACUCUAUAGUGAAGGCGGUCUUGGAUGCGGUGCUCUCUAUCGACGAGUGGGAACAGGAUGACUUCGAGUAUUUCGGGUCGCACACCAAGAUCACCAACGACAGGGUCUACAUCACGCAGCCGGCCUACACUGCGAAUCACUUGUUCCAGAUCGAGGUCGAGCAUGGACAACAGGACCGCGACUUGGUUACAACCGAACAGGCGAUAGAUACUCGAUGCCUGGUGGAAGCUUUGAGGUGGUUGGCCCCGCAAACGAGGCCGGAUUUGCGAUGCUCUGUGCCGCCCGCACAACAGCUUCGGGAGCCACCUACGGUUUCCGACAUCAAGCUCUCCAAUGCCACAGCACGGAAGGCCGUAGACUUUCAAGAACAUGGACUGUGGCUGAAGAAUGUCAACCUCAAUGACCUCGAGAUCCUCACUUUUCACGAUACAGGCUGGGUUAACACGUUGUCGCGCUACACCGACGACGACCUGGAGUUCACCCUCCCAGUCGAGGACCGCGAACGGGGAUCCCUGAAGGAAUUCCCCUUUGACCUGAAGGAGAGGGAGGCUAAGAAGGCGAGCUCGAAGGUGGCCAACCAGUUCGGCUUUUUGCUUGUCACCGGCGAUUCCAGGUGCUACUCCAAGGAUGUUGACCCGAUCCCCAUACUGAACUGGGACUCGUCGGUAAUACAAAGAGUCAGUCGCUCUACGUUCACGGCUGAGACGAUGGCCUGCACUGAGGGCGUUGAGGCCGGACAGCUUCUUCGGUCCUACCUUCAUCCGCGGAUGUCUGGACGGCUUCAUCAUGUCAAAGAGCUGUCGGAUAGAUGUGUACGAUUCUACCCAGACUGUAAAUCCCUUUAUGACUCUCCCCGCAAGGAGGGAGCACCUAGGAUAUCGUUCGAUAAACGGUUUGCCACUGAGUUGGCAGCCUUGCGCCAGUCGCUCGAUUCCGGGCGCAAGGAAACCUGCUUCCUUUUUCACUGGCUGCCGACCCGCCGCCAACUUGAUGAUAAGCCUCUUAGUCCUGGAACAUGGUGGGCAGCAGUGAAAGGGAACCUGGCCAU